AUGAGGCUUUCGGCUCUUGUCGCCCUUCUUCCCGCCAUUGCUGGCGUCCUCGCCAGUGAUGUCCUUGACCUCAACAAGGAGACCUUUAUGACUGAGGUCUACGAUGAGGACCUCGCCCUUGUCGAGUUCUUCGCCCCUUGGUGUGGACACUGCAAGAACCUCGCUCCUCACUACGAGGAGGCCGCGACCACCCUCAAGGGCGAGAAUAUCAAGCUGGCCAAGGUCGACUGCACCCAGGAGGAGGCCGUCUGCAAGCAGUACGAAGUGCAGGGCUACCCCACUCUCAAGGUGUUCCGCAAAGGCGAGCCUACCAACUACAACGGGCCCCGCGAGGCCGAAGGCAUCAUCGCAUACAUGCGCAAGCAGGCUCUCCCUGCUGUUUCUGUCCUUACAACCGAUGACCACGACGAGUUCACCACCAAGGACAAUGUCGUCGUCAUCGCCUACGGCGACGACGCCCACCCCGUUCCCGAGUCAUUCACUCAGUUCGCCGACGUCGCGCGCGAGAACUACCUGUUCGGCAAGGUUGAGGGCUCGUCGCUCCCUGAGCUGCCGAAGGGCACCAAGCUCCCGGCGCUGAUGGUCUACAAGAAGUUUGACGAGGGCAAGGCCGUCUACGAGGACGACUUUGCCAAGGACAACCUUGGCGACAUCAUGGGCUGGGUGAACGCCCAGGCCGUCCCACUCUUUGACGAGAUUGGCCCCAAGAACUUUGCCAAGUACGCCGAGUCAGGUCUCCCUCUCGGCUUCCUCUUUAUGGACCCCAAGGACGAGACGACUCGCGACGAGAUCCGCAAGGAGUCUAGCGAUCUCUUCAAGGAGCACCGCGGCAAGCUCAACUUUGUCUGGAUCGACGGUGAGAAGUUUGGCGAGUACGGCAAGUCGCUUGGCGUCAACCCCGAGUCGCAGCCCGGCUUUGUCAUCCAGAACCUUCAGGAGCAGACCAAGUUCCUGAUGCCCGAGGCCUUCAACGCCAAGUCGCUCUCCAAGUUUGUCAAGAAGUUUGUCGCUGGCGACGUCGCCCCCCACAUCAAGUCGCAGCCCAUCCCCGAGUCGCAGGACGGCCCCGUCUACAAGCUCACCUCGCUUGGUUGGGACCAGCUCUUUGAGCAGACCGACAAGGACAUCUUUGUCGAGUUCUACGCCCCAUGGUGCGGUCACUGCCAGCGUCUCGCCCCCAUCUGGGACUCUCUCGGUGAGAGCUACAAGAGCGCAAACGUCGUCAUCGCCCAGAUGGACGCGACCGAGAACGACCUUCCCGCCGGCCUUCCCUUCCGUGUCGAGGGCUUCCCGACUCUCAAGUUCCGCGCCGCUGGCUCUGAGGAGUUCAUUGAGUACGAGGGUGACCGCUCGCUGGAGAGCCUUACCGAGUUCAUCGAGACCAACGGCAAGGCCCCCAAGGUCGAGAAGAAGGAGACCGAGGCUGACAAGCCUGCCGAGGAGGAGGAGGAAGCUCCCUCUAAGCGUGACGAGCUCUAA